AUGCAAAUAUUCGGCACCAAAUUCCACAGCACGGGGGACAGAUACUGGAGAAGCAAACGAUAUCAAAAGCUACAAGACGGCGCGACUCGUAACAAGAACGUCCGCAUCGCCAGGCUCGGCGACGACAACAACAAAGGUGGAGGAGGUUAUAAGUUGGUGUGGAAGAUCAAGGUGGUGCCGAAGCUGCGGCUGAGAGUCGUGGCGGCGGCGCCGGUGAAGCUGGCGGCGAGGCUGAAGAACGGCUACAUGGACAUGAUGGUGAGGCUGGCCGGCAGCGUGGGGUAUUUGAAUACCCAGAUGGUGUUUGGGAACAAGAGGGUUCCCAAGGCUAGGCAGGUCUGGAUGUCUUGUAGCGACGAACAGUUUCAGAGAAGGAUCGUGUGCGAGAUGCUCAAGAACAUUUCAGCAGCCCAUGAAUUGAACCCCAUGUAG